UUAAAUAUUGCUGUAAAGUUACUUGCUUCCUUUUCAAAUAUAUUUACACCAAAAGUUGUUGCCUUUACACAUUUUACUUGGGAAGGGUACUGGCUAUUUGGAGCAAAAAUAGAGUGGGGAUAUACCAAUUGAUGGCUGAAAUUGGGAAGACUUUGACAGGAUAUGUAGUUGGGGUUAUUGUUUUAGCUUUUGCCCUUUUUGUUUCUGCGGAGGAAAUUGUUGCAAAUGGAGGAACAAAUGAUGACUUUGAAUCAGGCUCCUUUUUUAAGAUAUUCAAGCUUUUGCUUCAUAAGGCUAAAAUGCAUUACCAACAUUUUUGGCCUGAAUUGGAAUUUGGGUGGAGAGUGAUUGUUGGUUCUGUGAUUGGAUUCUUUGCUGCUGCUUUUGGGAGUGUAGGAGGUGUUGGGGGAGGUGGUAUCUUUGUUCCCAUGCUUACUUUGAUCAUUGGGUUUGAUCCAAAAACAUCAACUGCAAUAUCAAAAUGUAUGAUAACUGGUGCAGCAGGGGCAACUGUCUAUUACAACCUCAAGCUAAGGCAUCCAAUACUUGACCUUCCCAUCAUUGAUUAUGAUCUAGCUCUUCUUUUACAGCCAAUGUUGUUGCUAGGGAUCAGUAUUGGAGUUGUUCUCAACAUUCUUUUUGCUGAGUGGAUGGUUACAGUUUUGUUGAUCAUUCUUUUCAUAGUUACAUCAACUAGGUCAUUCUUCAAGGGUGUUGAGACAUGGAAAAAAGAAACCAUAAUAAAAAAGGAGGUCUCCAGACGCUUGACAUCUAGCAAUGCUGGUGCCGAAGAUGUUGCGUACAAACUCCUACCCGGAGGCUCAAGAGUUAGAAAUGAAGGGUAUAAGACACCAGAGGUCUCAAUUGUUGACAAUGUGUAUUGGAAGGAUUUCACCAUACUUAUUGCUGUGUGGAUCAUUCUCCUUGUACUGCAUAUCUUCAAGACUUAUACAUCAACUUGUUCAACGACAUAUUGGAUCUUAAACGUCUUACAGGUCCCUGUUGCUGUAGGAGCUUCUGCAUAUGAAGCAGUUUGCUUGUAUAAGGGAACGAGGGUGGUCAUGUCAAGUGGCGAAGCAGUAAUAACCUGGAAAGUGCAUCAAUUGAUUCUUUACUGUUGCUGUGGCAUUUUGGCUGGUAUAGUUGGUGGGCUGCUAGGUCUUGGGGGAGGGUUCAUUUUGGGUCCGUUGUUUCUAGAACUAGGGAUUCCUCCUCAGGUUUCUAGUGCAACUGCUACCUUUGUGAUGAUAUUCUCGUCCUCCAUGUCCGUAAUACAAUAUUACCUGAUAGGACGGUUUCCAGUACCGUAUGCCAUGUAUUUUGUUGCUGUGGCUACUGUUGCUGCCUUGGUAGGACAACAUGUCGUACGAAAAAUAAUUAGCAUAGUUGGUAGAGCAUCUGUAAUCAUCUUUAUUUUGGCCUUCACAAUCUUUGUUAGCGCACUCUCAUUAGGUGGUGUUGGCAUAGCAGACACGAUUAGAAAGAUCAAGGAAGGGCAACAUAUGGGGUUUGAUAACAUAUGUGCAUAUAAUCCUGUAUAACUAGUGUAUUUCUGGACUUGUUGCAACAGAUUUUGACUUUAGGUGAUUCGAUUCACAUAUGUUUAGUUGGAUGAUAAACACUUUGGCGAUUUUGAGGCUGCUAGUUAGGAGGGUUCUGUUUUCAAACUUACACAUAAUAGAUCUUCAUUCCUUCUACUUUCAUCACUAGUUCAUGUAAUGU